AUGAAUGCCCUCGAUGAUGUCCCCUUCAAGGUGCCCAAUGGCUUUGUGAUAGGCACAGAGCCCCUUCCUGGGCCAGAGCUCAGCGUCCCAGCUUGCAGGGAGCUUCUGCUGGGUUCUAUGCCUCACGUCGCCGUCUACUUGCAGCACGACUUCAGCCUGGAGAGGAGGGCGCUCUUCUGGGUAGAGGCUGUCCUCCGGGGACCCUGCCCGUUCCAAUGCGACGCCCCGGGAACGGCGUCAGCGCCUCCCGCCUGGCUGUUGCUGGUCAGUCCCGACCGCGAGCCGGUGCCGAUGCCUGCCGCAGACACGGGCCCUGAGGCUGGACCCCAGCAGCGGCUUGAGGAGGAGGUGGAGGAGGAAGAAAACCAGGACGAGGACCACGACGAAGAAGAAGCCGCCUCCGCCAGCGAGGAAGAGCCGCGUCCCUGCAGCCCCCAGCCCGGCCCCCCUGCGAGCCCCGCCCCCCCUGCGAGUCCCGGCCCGGGCCAUCCACGGUGCUCGCUGGACAUGCUGCGCGGCAUGAGGUCGGAGCUGGCCGGAGCGCGGCGGCGGCUCUCCGAGGGCAGGCUGGCCGCCCGCCCCCGCGCCCUCCUGCACCGCAUCCGCCACCGGGCACUGAGCCUCUGCCCCAGCCCGGCACCGAGUCAGUGCCCCGUGCCGCCCCCGGGCCCCGCGCCCCCACUCCCCAGCACCCCCGCGCCGCCCCCGCGGCCGUCCACGGCCGGCGCCAUGCCCCCGCUGCGGAGUCACAAGCCCACGGUCGCGUCCCUCAGCCCGUAUACCUGCCUGCCACCUCUUGGGGGGGUGUCUCAGAGUCUCAGCACCUGUAGAGCACACCCUGCUUCUGCUGACCUGCUGUCUGCCCUGAGCCAGGAGGAGCAAGAUCUCAUCGGGCCAGUGGUUGCCCUGGGAUAUCCCCUGCACAGGGCUAUCGGGGCUCUGCAGAAGACAGGGCGACAGAGCCUGAGCCAGUUUCUCAGCUACCUUAGCGCCUGUGAUCGGCUGCUGCGGCAAGGCUAUGAGGAGGGCCUGGUGGAGGAGGCCAUGGAGAUGUUCCAGUUCUCCGAGAGCCAGGCAGGGGAAUUCCUGCGCCUCUGGGAACAGUUCAGUGACAUGGGCUUCCAGCAGGACCGGAUCAAGGAAGUACUGCUGGUCCAUGGCAACCGCCGUGAGCAAGCCCUGGAGGAGCUGGUGGCCUGUGCCCAGUGACCUCAGCGCUUUCCACAAUGCCUGUGCAUCCCUCAACCUGUGCCAGACCUGGCAAUCCAUUCCAGCUCUGUUAUUAAGACUAUAUAAGAGGGGCACCUGGCUGGCUUAGUUGGAGCAUGUGUCUCUUGGUCUCAGGGUUGUAAGUUCAAGCCCCACUUUGGAUAUAGAGAUUACUAAAAAAAUAAAAUAAAAUAAGUAAACUUACAAAAAAAAAAGACUACAUAAGAAUAACAGUGAGGUGUGCUCAUUGUAAAAAUGUAAAUAAUGCCAAAGGUGGAGGUAAAUAUUGUAGGGGAGGCCAAACUUUACCCAUUUAGGUUUUCAGCUGGGGCUCUUGAACAAAAAGAUUGAGAAGAGAAAAACAGUUUAUUAAUGCAUGUGGCACACAUCAUGUGGGAGAAACCUCAGUAAAAAAAGUAACUCAAAGCAGCAGUUACAGCUCUGGCUUCUAUAGCGUUUUCAACAAAGACAGUAAAUUUGUAGAGAAAUACAGGACAAAGGAAACCGGUUGUAGGCUUCCAGGGAUGGCAUGCUGUGGGGCGGGUAAAUAUGUGGAAAUAAACUAAGGAGUAGGAGUAUUUGCAGAUCCCUCUGGAGCAUCACUGGGCUGAUAAAAAUCUAUUUCCAGAAAAGGGGAAUUUAUACCUUAGAAUUAGGCAAAAUUGGGGGGUGGGGAGGCGAGGAAGGGUAGGGAGGGCCUUUUUCCUGCAUUUGCUGCUCUUUUUUUUAAUGUUUAUUUUUGAGAGAGAGAGAGAGAA